AUGCAAACAUACGCAGCGGCUGACCUCUCUGAGGCUGCUCUAGGAGGGCCAAUUCGCAUCGAGGAUGGCCAUUUUGUCGAUGGAUAUGGGCGCGUUCUGAUGCUGCGUGGCUGGAAUGUGUCCGGCGCAUCCAAGCUGCCAACGGAGCCAAAUGGCCUCUCCCACCUCACGGAAGGGUUCUAUGAGCACCGCACCGUGACGUUCGUGGGGCGCCCAUUUCCGCUCGAGGAGGCACCGCUUCACUUUCGACGUCUCCAGGCCUGGGGCAUGCCGUUCAUUCGGUUGCUUGUCACGUGGGAGUCAAUUGGGCAUGCAGGACCGAAUCCGAACACAGAUCUAGACCUAGAGUAUAUCGCAUACCUACGGCAACUCUUCGAAUUGAUGCCAAAGUACGGUAUUAAAUGUUUUGUCUGCGCACAUCAGGAUGUCUGGAGUCGGUUUAGCGGUGGCAGUGGGGCUCCAGGCUGGACUUUUGAAGCAGCCGGCCUGGAUAUCGAGGCAUUCACCGAAACGGGCGCUGCAUAUGUACAUGGACAGGACGAAUUGAGGCGGGCACAGGCGCCAGUCAACGAAAAGGAGCCCAGUGGGCCCUUUGUUUGGCCAUCGGGCUACCAGAAGUUGGCCGCCUCGACAAUGGCCACGCUAUUCUGGGCAGGGGACAUGCUUGCCCCUGAAUUGAAAUGUCAACGCACACCCUUGAGCGGCAAAGGCAAGCCCGAGACCGUAUCGGUGCAGUCCUUCUUACAAGACGCCCUUAUCGAGGCCUUCGGUCGUCUAGCUGACGAGAUUGGAGACCUGGAGGCAUGCAUCGGCUUCGAACCGAUCAACGAGCCCCAUCGUGGGUUGGUGAACCUGCAUGGUUUUGAAGGCUGGAACUACGAAACCGACCUACACAUAGGGUACUAUCCCUCUUUUACUCAGGCAUUGGCGCUCGGCAGUGGCUACGCUCAGACAGUGCCGUACUAUGUCAAAUCUUGGCCGUGGCCAACACGCAUCUCUCAUCGCACCGUCGUGGACCCGAAGGGGCGAUCUGCUUGGUUAAGUGAUACCUCCGGUGCCACUGUAGACAGGCCAAGGGGAGUGGGAAAGUGCAUUUGGCGAUCCUAUGGUGUCUGGGAUUGGGAUGCAAAACGAGAGGUCCCGAUAGUUAUCCGCCCAGACUAUUUCGAAAAGGACCAUCGGCCAGGCCGAGAGGGGAGAGAUCUGGAAUGGUAUCGAGACUGUUACGCGCCUUUCUUGCAACGUUUCUCCGAACGCAUGUCGCGUAAGGUCAGCAGCCAGCUGUCUUUCGUUGAGCCUAUACCCAACGAGUUUAUGCCUCAAUGGCCCUCGCAGUCGGACAGCAAGAUUCGUCGCAAGCAGAGUUAUGCCGUCCAAACCAUGCUGUCACCGAAAGAACGUCCUCAGAACUUUGUCUAUGCUCCCCAUUUCUACGACUUGAACGUUGUGUUCAGUAAGCUCCAUUCGUGGAUGAAUGUCAACGUGCAAGGACUUUCAAGGGGAAUGUUCGUUCUGAAUGCGCUUUACUUCGGUGCUGGAGGCCUGAGAAAGAACUAUCGCAAGCAAAUUGGCAAUAUCGUCAAAUACGGCCAUAUGUCUUUGGGCAAGGUGCCCACUCUUAUAGGCGAAGUUGGGUUUCCUUACGAUAUAAACAAUGGGCAUGCCUUCUUGACGGGAGAUUAUGACAAGCAAAGAGAGCUGAUGGGUGCUCUUGUCAGCGCUAUGGAAGACAACCUUUUGGAUGGUUUUACGCUCUGGAAUUACAAUCCCGAUAAUCGUGCUGAGUACGGCGAUGGCUGGAACAAAGAAGACUUCUCAGUCGUCAAUAGUGAUGAGCAGGUCAUGGUCGGAGAUGGUCACGGGCAUAUCGUAAAAGCUCGACCUGACUAUAGGAACAGUGCCCACGAGAAGCACGAGCUCUAUCGGGGUGGUAGGGUACUUGAUGCUGUCAUCAGACCAUACGCUGUCAAGAUUGCUGGGACUCCUAUAAGCUCAAACUGGAAUGAACGGACACUGCGUUUCGAGUUUCAGUGGCGCUAUCGUGCCCACAAGAAAUCCAAGUCAGCUGAGGAGGAGUCUCUAACAACGGAGAUAUACAUGCCGGCCUACCAUUAUCGUGGACGCCAGAUCCAUGUGACUGCCACCUACGGCCUGGACUGGACCUACACUGCGGAUACCCAGACACUGUAUGUGGUUCAACGAGGAGGUACCCUGCACCACAAAAUAGUAGUGGAGGUUCGUGAUCUGAAAGUGCACGUCGCUCGAAGAAUACAGCAACGCCGGCACGCUUUCCCGAACCAGAUUGGGUACAGACUGGUACCGAUUCAGCUAGAGAUAUGGUUAGAAUCAUUGGAUUCAUUCGCCGAAAUCAUGGCGGUCCUGGUGAUGACCAUAGGAGUGCUGGCAAGUUUGCUGUGGCUAUAUUUUACUUCAUGA